AUUUAUGUUAUGAUGUGUACUAUUAAUGAGAAACAGAUAGUAUAAAAUUCAAUGUAAAAUAUAAUAUAUAUUUGUGAAGUGGAUGUGGUUUUAUUUUUACGUUACAGAGAUUUAUUUACAUUUGUAUAAAUUAUUUGCCCAUAAAAUUAAGUGCACAAUUUUAACGUGAGAUCAUAGUAUAUUUUAAGCAUGUAAAUAUAAAUAAAAAUUAAAAGUUGGACAUUAAUCUUACCUUUAUUACAUGUAUUUAAUGAUUACAAAGUUUUUGUAAAAUUAAUUUUACUUCCUAUCUUUUGAUUAGUUUAUGAAUAAAUAUUGAAAGAAAUAUUAAAUAUAUUGGAAUAUCAUGCUGUCAGUAUCUCUCAAACAUUGUAUUUACCAAUAAGAAAAAGUUUCUAGAAAAAGAAGAAAAACAACUGAAACGAGAAAGAUUUACAAUUUUGUAUUUAAAAGAUCAAAACCUAAAAAAUGAGUUCUCACCAUGAAUUGAACAUAUCAAUUGAACAUCCAACUUCUGGUGAUAUAGAUCAUAUUAGCACACUUUCUGAGGAUAUUGGUGCUCUUUAUCUCUCAGAUGAUUAUUCAGAUGUCACUUUAAUUGUUGGCGGACAAAGAUUCAACAGCCACAAAAUUAUUUUGGCUGCUCGCAGUCAAUAUUUCAGAGCUCUUUUGUUCGGAGGUCUGAAAGAAUCUACACAACAUGAAAUUGAAUUGAAAGAUGCUAAUCUGACUGGAUUUAAAGGCUUGCUUGAAUAUAUAUAUACAGGACGAAUGUGUCUUACAGACCGACGCGAAGAGGUAGUAUUGGAUAUUCUUGGACUAGCACAUCUUUAUGGAUUUUCGGAAUUAGAAACCUCUAUAUCAGAUUACCUUAGAGAAAUAUUAAAUAUAAAAAAUGUUUGCCUUAUAUUUGGCGCGGCACUUCUUUAUCGACUAGAAUUUCUUACUAAAGUUUGUCAUGAAUACAUGGACGAACAUGCGUGUGAAGUAAUUCAACAUGAGAGCUUUUUGCAAUUAAGUGCAGAUGCUUUGAAUGAACUUGUAUCAAGAGAUUCCUUUUACGCACCAGAAAUUGAUAUCUUUUUAGCUGUACGAGCAUGGGUGAAUGCAAAUCCUGAUGCAGAUGGCAAAAGUGUUUUAGAUAAGGUACGAUUAAACUUAAUUUCAAUUACGGAUCUUUUAAAUGUUGUUCGACCAACUGGAUUAAUUUCUCCAGAAGCAAUCUUAGAUGCAAUAGCUGCAAGAACACAAACACGUGAUUCAGAUCUCAAUUAUCGUGGUCGAUUACUUAUCGAUGUAAAUGUUGCCCAUCCUAUGUAUGGUGCUCAAGUUUUACAGGGCGAAAUGCGUAGUUAUCUUUUAGAUGGUGAUACAAUUAAUUACGACAUGGAACGAGGGUAUACCAGACACACUAUUACUGAAUCACGAGAACAUGGUAUUUUAGUUAAACUAGGAACUCAGUGUAUCAUCAAUCAUGUUAAAAUGCUGCUUUGGGAUAAAGAUAUGCGUUCAUAUUCUUACUAUUUAGAAGUAUCUAUGGAUCAAAAAAAUUGGAUUCGAGUUAUUGAUUAUACAGAAUACUUCUGUCGUAGUUGGCAAUAUUUAUAUUUUGAACCAAGAAUAGUUCUUUAUAUUCGUAUUGUUGGAACAAAUAAUACUGUAAACAAAGUUUUCCAUCUCGUAAGCUUUGAAGCAUAUUAUACAAAUCAUACAGAAAAGCUCUAUAAUGGUUUUGUUAUUCCAACACGGAAUGUUGCUACUAUGGAUCAAAGUGCAACUGUUACAGAAGGUGUUUGUAGAUCUCGGAAUGCUCUAUUAAAUGGAGAUACAUCAAACUAUGAUUGGGAUAGUGGUUACACAUGUCAUCAAGUUGGAUCUGGCUCUAUAUUAGUACAACUUGGGCAACCAUAUAUUAUAGACUCUAUGCGAUUAUUACUUUGGGAUUGCGAUGAUCGUUCAUAUUCUUAUUAUAUAGAAGUGUCUGGUAAUUCUUGGAGUUGGGUUCUAGUUGCUGAUAAAACCAGGGAAACUUGUCGUUCAUGGCAAACAAUACACUUUGAACCUGCUCGUCCUGUCGUCUUUAUACGUAUUGUUGGAACACACAAUACAGCAAAUGAGGUUUUUCAUUGUGUUCAUUUUGAAUGUCCUGCUCAAAUAGAUGAUAAAGUUGUAAGUAAGUCUUUAAUACACAAAGAAAAGCAAUCAAAAAAUCAUGAUUCUAUACUUUGGUCAGUGUCACUGCCUCCAGAAACAGCUACAGAAACAGUGAAUAUUGAUCAAGAAGAAAUAAAUUCUACAGAUAGCAAUAUUUUUUAGGAUACUACAUUUGGGAACAAAUCAUUGUGCAAAAUUUCAUUAAUAUUAUGAAUUAAGUAUUUUAUUUCUGUUUCUUCAUUUCAACUUUCUAAUUUAGAAAUUUAAAUGCUUGUAUAGUAUAGGAAUAUAAGUAUUACAUAUAUAGUGACA